AUGCUCAAGGACAUUAAAGAAGGAAAGAGAAGAACCAGAGCAGAUGAAUGUCCAGAAGGAGAAAAAAAAGAAAAUGCAAUCUCAACAAAUAUUCAGUCUAUAAAGGAGCAAAUACCUCCACUAGCCAUCUUUUGUAAUGAAACCAAUGAAGCUAAUGAAGCUACAGAAACCGAUAAGACUAAUGAAGCUACCAAAGCCAAUAAGGCCAACGAAGCUAAUGAAAUUACUAUCGAACAUACUCAACAAGGGUGGGAAGACAUGAAAACAUUUGAGUCCUAA